AUGGAGGACUACUUGAAGCUAUUCGUUGAGGAAACUUCUUGGUACAACGACAUUGUCCUGGGAUCCACGUUGCCGGAGAAGUGGUGGGCCCCACUCCCUCACUUGUGCCGGGGGUGGCUCCGGAACUACAUCGGCGGCACCUUGCUUUAUCUGCUGUCGGGGAUCUUGUGGUGUUUCUAUAUCUACUACUUAAAGCGCAACGUCUAUGUCCCUAAAGAUGCCAUUCCUUCUAGAAAAGCCAUGCUUUUGCAGAUAGGAGUUGCCAUGAAAGCUAUGCCAUGGUACUGUGCUCUUCCAACAAUCUCCGAGUACAUGGUUGAACAUGGGUGGACCAAAUGCUUUUCGAGGAUAAGUGAUGUUGGAUGGCUUGCAUACAUAAGCUAUUUGACUGUCUAUCUCGUUUUUGUGGAAUUCGGGAUAUACUGGAUGCACAGGGAGUUGCACGACAUAAAACCUCUCUAUAAGUAUCUACACGCAACACAUCACAUCUAUAACAAGCAGAACACACUUUCUCCUUUUGCUGGCCUCGCUUUCCACCCUUUGGAUGGUAUACUUCAAGCAGUACCCCACGUAAUAGCUCUGUUUCUAGUGCCAGUGCAUUUCACUACGCACAUUGCCCUUCUGUUCAUUGAGGCAAUAUGGACAGCAAACAUACACGACUGCAUACAUGGGAAGUUAUGGCCUGUGAUGGGUGCAGGCUACCACACCAUUCAUCACACGACCUAUCGCCAUAACUAUGGGCACUACACCAUAUGGAUGGAUUGGAUGUUUGGGACCCUUCGCGACCCUGUGGAGGAUCACUCCAAGAAGAUGUAG